GUUACACCACAUAUAUGCGGAAGCUGUUUGUUUUACUUUCAGGACCGGCGACUUUUUAUUAGUACUGUAUUGUGUCGAGGGUUAAAAACUUAUAUUUGUGGUCAUAUUUUUACACAAUAGAAGCAUAAUGUUGGAGUCGAAGACAUUGAUAGUCGAAGUGGCGAACUCCCUGCUUAGUGCGUGUGACUUACCGGAGCAGAAGGGCAGAUAUCAUGGAUCUGCGUUGCCGGGACUGGAUGGCCGCUUUGCCGGAGGAGCUGUGGGACGUCCCGCUCAACUACCUGGCCAUACCCGGAAGUCACGACACGAUGAGUUAUUGUCUGGACAUCAACUCUCCGCUGGUCAGGUCUGAGUCGGACAUCUUCAGGAUCCUGGAUGGACUUUGCUGCUGCUUCACCAGGCCCACCAUUUACAAGUGGGCCACCACACAGGAUCGCUGCAUCGAGGACCAGCUGUCAAUGGGCAUCCGUUACUUUGACCUGCGCGUAGCACGCAAGCCCAGCGAGCCGGGGUCCCACCUACACUUCACGCACAUCCUGUACACACACCUGACGGUGCUGGAGACGCUGGCGUCUAUGGCAUCCUGGCUGGACGCUCACCCCAAGGAGGUGGUCAUCCUGGCCUGCAGACACUUUGAGGGAAUGGACGAUCAAAUCCACGAGUCCUUCAUCUCGGCGCUGCAGCACCUCUUCGGCACCAAGCUGUGUCCUCGCCAGGAACCCGAGCUGACCCUCAGGGCUCUGUGGGCGUCGGGUCGCCAGGUGCUCCUGUCCUACGACGCAGACGUGGCGUCCAGGCACGCUCAGCUGCUCCCCGCUAUCCCCUACUGGUGGGCCAACCAGGGCACGGCCCGCGGCGCCAUCAGAUACCUGGAGUGGCAGCAGCAGCUGGGACGCCCAGAGGGCUUCUUUGUGGCGGGCCUGAACCUGACGGCAAACAGGAAGUACAUCCUGACCAAUCCCAAGCAGUCCCUGCGCACGCUCACCUGGGCCCAGUGGGAGCACCUGAGCAAGUGGCUGCAGGACCAGAGACCCGGCUCGGACCGCCGCAGCCUCAACAUCAUCGCGGCGGACUUUGUGGGCCCGCUUCCUCUCUGCUCGCUGGUCAUCGGCCUCAACAGGAAACUGCUGACUCGCUACAACUCCGACUGAUAUCAACAUGCAUAUCAGCUCAUGGCAGAAAGAACCACCACCACGUCAUGAUGGUGAGAUCACUCGGCCUUUGGCCACAUACCAUUCCAUCCGAGUCCCGUUCCUGGGUUGGACAUUCCAUUCUCUGCCCCCCUCUCCUUCGUGGGGGGGGGGGACAGAUUCAAUGACCAUAGAUGAAGCGCUAGCUGUCCAAAGUGGGGACCCAGGGUGGACCACUCAUCUGUGCAUCAGUUGUGGACGUCUCAGCUCGAGAUGAUCUCCUGCUGGUCCCACUCUGGAUUGGACUCUCUCUAUUAUGUUAGAUCCACUAUGGACUGGACUCUCACUAUUAUGUUAGAUCCACUAUGGACUGGACUCUCUCUAUUAUGUUAGAUCCACUCUGGAUUGGACUCUCACUAUUAUGUUAGAUCCACUCUGGAUUGGACUCUCUCUAUUAUGUUAGAUCCACUAUGGACUGGACUCUCUCUAUUAUGUUAGAUCCACUCUGGAUUGGACUCUCACUAUUAUGUUAGAUCCACUCUGGAUUGGACUCUCACUAUUAUGUUAGAUCCACUAUGGACUGGACUCUCACUAUUAUGUUAGAUCCACUCUGGAUUGGACUCUCUCUAUUAUGUUAGAUCCACUAUGGACUGGACUCUCUCUAUUAUGUUAGAUCCACUAUGGACUGGACUCACACACUAUUAUGUUAGAUCCAUGAUGGACUGGACUCUCUCUCUUAUUAUUUUAGAUCGGCAUAGCUCGGUUGGUAGAGUGGCCGUGCCAGCAACCUGAGGGUUGCAGGUUCGAUUCCCGCUUCCGCCAUCCUAGUCACUGCCGUUGUGUCCUUGGGCAAGACACUUUACCCACCUGCUCCCAGUGCCACCCACACUGCUUUAAAAUGUAACUUAGAUAUUGGGUUUCACUAUGUAAAGCGCUUUGAGUCACUAGAGAAAAGCGCUAUAUAAAUAUAAUUCACUUCAAUUCACUUCACUAUGGACUGGUCUCUCACUAUGUUAGAUCCAUACUCGAUUCAACACAAUACUCGAUUCAACACGACACACAAUUCAACAGAGUACUCGAUUCAACGAGACACUUGAUGCAACAGAGUAGUUGAUGCAACAAAACAUUUGAUUCAACACAACACUCGAUUCAACAAAACACUCGAUUCAACAGAGUAGUCAAUUCAACAAAACACUCGAUUCAACACGACACUUGAUUAAACGAGACACUUGAUGCAACAAAACACUCGAUUCAACACGACACUUGAUUAAACGAGACACUUGAUGCAACAGAGUACUCGAUUCAACAGUGUUUGAUUCAGCAAAACACUCGAUUCAACCAGUCACUCGAUUCAACACAAUACUCGAUUCAACAGUGUAGUCGAUUCAACACGACACUUGAUUCAACAGAAUACUUGAUUAAACAGGGUACUCAAUUAACAGAGCACUCGAUUCAACGAGACACUCAAUGCAACAUGAUACUCUCAAUGUAAUAUUUGUUGUAUUAAUAAUAAAACUUUUUCACACA